CAUUUAAAAAAUUAGGGGUUGUAACUGUUACUCAAAGGGGGUUGAAGGUAGGGAUCACAUUUUCACUUUAAAGAAUGUCAAUUUAUAAUUUAAAUUUGACGUGUUUCGGGAUUUUCUAUAAAUAUGUACAGUAAUCGAAAUAAUGAAUUUAUUCCAUUUGGCUUUUCCACACUGUAUAAGGACAAGGAUCCAAAAACCCAUGAUCCGCCACUAUGUUCAAGUAUUUCGUCUUAAAAUGCAAAUGAAUGAGCUAGAUAGCAUUAUAAAAUUAUAAAUUUCGAUUGGUCAAAAACUAUCGCUUUGACAGUCUUAAAAAAUUAAUUUAAUGAACCGUUAUAUACACCUACAUCAAAGUCAAAAAAUGUUAAGACACGUUUUUAGUCGAAAUCAUCGAAUUUUAAACACAAAUUUCCGAAAUUGUUCUCUGAAAAUACAACAAGACUCUGGAAAAGAUCUAGAAGAAGCGCUUCGAUACGACGUAGCCAUUAUAGGUGGUGGUAUAAUUGGUACAGCUAUCGGACGAACCCUCAAAAAGGAAUGCGAAAAUUUAAGAACGAUACUUAUUGAAAAAGAGGGCAUAUUUGGGAAGCAUCAAAGUCGAAAAAAUAGUGGAGUUAUUCACUGUGGAAUAUAUUACAGACCCGACAGUCUAAAAUCCAAACUAUGCAAACUGGGAGUCGAAUCCCUCUACAAGUAUUGCGACGAUCACAAAAUACCAUACACCAAGUCAGGAAAGCUAAUCGUUGCCAAUACGGAUGAAGAAAUCAAAACUUUAAAGAAGUUGUACGUGCGAGGAAAACAGAACAAUAUCGAAGGUUUGGAAUUGUUGCCGACCAUCGACAAAGUUUUGGAAAAAGAACCGAAAUGUAAAGGUUCGUGGGCCAUUUGGUGUUUUAACACUGGAAACAUUGAUUUCGAGAUGGUUACGAACAAUUUAGCUCAGGAAAUUCGACAAAACAAAGGCGACAUUCUACUAAACAACGAAGUCAACACCAUAAAAUCCUCCGACGAUCCAGAUUACCCGAUUCUGAUCAAAUGCAACGAACAGUUGUUUUUAAAGAGCAGAUAUCUGAUAGUGAGUGGUGGCGUGCAAUCCGGCAAGCUGCAGGAAUUGAUGUGCGGGGAAUCCCUCACGAAUUGUAGGAUUUUCGUAUCGUUCAGAGUGAAUUAUCACGUUUUGAAAAGCCAGCCUGUAAAGGUUAACGUUUACGAAGUUCCCGAUUUGAAUUUGCCGUUUUUGGGCGUUCACCUGUCCCCGAAAAUCGAUAAUACUACUUUACUAGGCCCGACGGCCGUCCCUGCGUACAGUAUCGAAGGCUACAACGAGGAGGAAAUCAACUUGACAUACCUAAGGAACACGAUAACGUCGCCGAAUUUCCUAAACAUGACGCGCAGGUACCUUUCGAAAUGUAUAAAUCAAGCACAGAACCGGUUCUGCCCGGAAGACUAUAUAAAAAAGCUGCAGAGACUAGCGGAAUUCGAUAAAAACGACGUUGCAGAUGGACCAGUGGCUGUUCAAACGCAACUUGUGAACGUUGAUGGGACUUUUCAGGAUGAUUUCGUUUUCGAGUUCUUCGAGGGAAAAGGAAUACAAAAAAGGAUAAUCAAUUGCGUGUUUCUACCCAGCCCAGCAGCUACCUGUUGUUUAUCGAUAGCGGAAUACGUUUCUAAAAAGUUUUUUAAGGAAUUCAGAAAGAAUUAUUCAUCGUAAUAGAUUUAUAAUUAUUUUAUACUAUCUCUAUAUUGUAAUAAAAUAGUUUUUUUAUUUUU